AAAAGUUAAUGAUUGUACAUAUAACCACCCAUAUUUGUUUGAGAUGUCCUAGGACUGAAAAUAUUUCUUCAUCAGACUGAGAAAAAUGCUGAGCCAUAAACUUGUGUUUUGGGGGAUUUUUCUGAUCUUCAGGCAUGCAUCCCCUUCUGUCUUACCACCAGAAGGACAAACUGAGAAUUACUUUGAGAUCAUCACCCAGGCAGAUUCUGAACACUUAUCGAGAGUGGGUGACAGAUUCAAAUACACUGCCCGGAGCUGUAAGGAAAUCUUGAAUAAAUAUGGUGAACGAGAAGAUGGGAUAUACUACCUGACCACUAAUAAUGGGAUGAAGUAUCAGACUUUCUGUGACAUGAACACUGCUGGAGGUGGCUGGACUCUGGUGGCCAGUGUUCAUGAAAACAACAUGAUUGGAAAAUGCAGUGUGGGGGAUCGAUGGUCAAGUCAGCAGGGAAACAAUCCAAACCUGCCAGAUGGUGAUGGAAACUGGUCCAACAGAAACACCUUUGGUCUAGUAGAGAGCGCCACGUCUGAUGAUUACAAGAAUCCAGGAUAUUAUGAUAUUGUUGCACAAGACAUGACUGUGUGGCACGUUCCCAACAACUCCCCAAUGGAGCACUGGAAACUGGCAUCCAUUCUCCGCUACCACACUGAAAACAACUUCCUUCAACUUCAUGGGGGAAACCUUUUUAACUUGUUUAAGCAAUUUCCAGUAAGGUACAACAUUGGGUCCUGCACAAAUAGAGGACCAGCAGUUCCCAUUGUGUAUGACCAUGGAGACAGGGAGUCCACCAGAUUGUUAUAUGGACCAAAUUCAAGAAAUGAGUUUGAUCCAGGCUUCAUCACUUUCAGAGCCAUAAACCAUGAAAGAGCAGCCAUGGCGAUCUGCUCUGGGGUCAAACCUACAGGGUGCCACUGUGAACAUUAUUGCAUAGGAGGAGGAGGGUUUUUCCCUGAAUCCCCCAAUCAGUGUGGAGAUUUUACAGGAUAUGACUGGGAUGGAGUUGGAACGAAUAAAGACUGGAGCGCCUCUAAGGAAAUUACUGAGUCUGCUGUCCUGAUGUUCUACCGCUGAGAAUAUCUAUCCUAUCUAUUCCUAAUAACAUAAUGUAAUCUAAUUUCAUCCUGUUAGAGGAAUGUUUUUAAACCCCAGUAGAUGGCGAUACACUACGGUUUAUUUUAAUUACACUAACUGGAAGUUAGGGUUAAACAGGUAGUUAAACUAGCAGCAGUCUAAAACCUGUACAAAACACACAGUAUCAGAGAUUUAAAAGUGAAAACAAAUAUAUAAUGCUGCAAUUGAAGAAUGCCCAGAAGAAUACUAAAACACCAU